AUGGUCGAAGAUUUUUCAACGACUGAUUUGAUUCGAUGGUCAAACGACGGCACAUCUUUUAUAGUGGAAAAGCAUGAAGAAUUUGCCAAAACCGUCCUACCAAGAUUCUACAAGCACAACACAUUUGCAUCUUUUGUUCGACAAUUGAAUAUGUACGAUUUCCAUAAAGUGCCACAUCUUCAACAAGGCGUGUUGAUAGCCGAAGCAGAGCAUGAAAUUUGGGAAUUCAGCAAUCCUCAUUUUCAGCGUGGUCGUCCUGAUCUCUUGGUGCUCGUCACCCGUAAGCGUAACAGAGACAGAGAUGCCAUCGACAGCGAAACUGUUACUUUAUCUACUCUGGCUCAAGAUUUAGAUGCACUCAAGAAGCACCAGUCUACCAUCGGUACAGAAUUGAACGAUCUGCAUCGAGAUAACGAAAUUCUAUGGCAGGAAACACUCAAUGCCAGAGAAAAGUAUCAGAGACACCAAGAAGCUAUCGAGAAGAUCUUGCAAUUUCUCACCGCCAUCUUUGCCAAUGAUAAUUUAGCUAUCAGUGCUAAUAACGCAGAUUUAUUCCCAAAGGCUUUAAUAGAAGAAGCAGCGUCGCUAGCUGGCAUGACAUCGAAAUUAGAUAGCGCAAAGAAAUCUGCAGCACCUUUGCCUAAUUCACUCGCUUCAUCUGCGUUGUCCAACAUCUUGUCAUCUGUACUGAGACUUUACUCAAACAACUCACCACCCAGUCCAGAACUAUCACAAUCUAUGAUUAACAAUCAUCACAAUAGACAACAUCAUCAACAGCAGGCUUCGUCAUCGGGAGCAAAAGAGAGUUCAUCCAUGUCUUCUUCCUCAGACUCGUUCUAUCCUCAAUCGCCCAGAGAAAAGAAGGAAGAUGCUACACCCCCUUCUCUUGUCGAUUUUUCAAAAACACUUAACACAGCCACCCGCUCUGCCCAGAAUAUUACGCAAGAUAUCGAUAUGUUGCAAGUCAAUAUUGAGUCACUAGCCAACGACUUGGGCAUUGACCCCAACCAGUUUGAUGACGAUGCGGUCUCAGAGCGUUGUUUCCAGGACAAUGGGAUGAUGAAUAAUAAUGACAGCGUUAGUACCGCAGACCCUUUCAAGAUCUACAAUGACAUGAAUAGCGAUCAGAAUAUGAAUCAGUUUACGUACAGUCUGCAACAGCCUCCCUCCUCUCUACAGUACCAGCAACAAAGACAUCAUCAAAAGCAACAGCAACCGCAACAACCGCAACGAAGACAGCAACCACAGCCUCAGCAACAAUCACAACAGCAGACAGAGCAAAUGGGCAGACCUUCCAUGGCAUCUCAGAUGCAAUCAUACACUCAACCCUCUCCGUCGAGAAACAACUCCAUGUCUCACAUGCAGCCACCGCAACAACCGCAACCACCGUAUCCUAUGCAUUACAAUACAAACAAUAGGGAUCCUAAAAUCAAUGUCAAUCAGACACCUGAUGGAGGCUAUCGCCAGUUCAUUUCAACGAUGAACUAUUCAGACUCGUUUGGACCUAACUAUCCUAGUGAAUCAGAGGCAUCCAAUUACACACCUACAACACCUGCUGGUCCAUCACCACACACCUUACAACAAAAUAGGAGCUACUUUAGUUGCGGUAAUGAUGAUAUGAUGGCAGCAGCAGCAGCAGCAGCAGCAGUUGCCGUUGGUGGUUCUACUGGAGUUUCUGCUUCCAACCCUGAUAAUAAUGCCGAACCUUACAACAUGUACACUGCACCAGCUGAUUUGAACAGACCAUCUUACUACAAUGGCAUGCCAUCUGGAGAAACCUAUAACGAUAACACUUAA